AUGGUGAUCAACACCUGCACCCUCUCCACUCCCGCCCUGGCAGCCUUCCUGCUCCUGCCUUCCCUCCUUGGACUGGGGACAGUCGCCACCACCUCGCGCGGCAACCUUGCCACUCUCCAGGCCGCUCCUCUGGCAGCUGGGAGUUUGGCAGGUCUGCUUAUCCUCAGCCACCCCAGCGUACCGGUCAUCCUCGCUGUUGGUGCCCUGGCUACCAUUCCCCUUCUGCUGGUACUUUGCCGCCCCCAUAGCCCCAUCUCAACCGUGGACGGUUACCCUCAAACGCGCAAAGACAAGCCUGUUCCCCUCACGUCCCUGGAAUCCCGUCUCUCGCCGUGGAGCGCAGACGCACACACCCCGACCACGGUCUCGGCGCUGUGCACCCCCGCGGACUCUGACAGCGAAGACACCUUCUGCUCCGGCUACCUGGAUAAGGUGACCGCCUCGCUCCCGCAGUGCUCGCGUGUGCCAUCCCGCUCCCUGGUUCCGCCCACCAUGCUCAACGGCGCACUGCUAUCCUACUCUGCCACUCCCGUCACCGCAGUGUCGUCGGCGAGCACGACCGCGUCGAGCACCCACAACAACGUUCUCGUCAACGCGCAGGCGAGUCCUCUUCUACCUGCGCCAACCUUUGAGGAGGAAUUUACACGAUACAUCGACCGCGCACUUACGCGAGCCCGGCCUGAGAAAGCGCCCGUCCCCUUUGGGUCAUGGCCCAAGGAGUGGCCCAUGUUCUGGGAGGGAGCUGGUCUCGCCCCCAAGGGGUGUUGGUGA